AUGGACAGUCCUUCGACACUGAUUCAGGCGUCUUGGGAGCGGCGUCGGGCUUGGCUGAGGCAGGGCCGGCGCCGGCGGCCUCGGGGGCUGGAGGAGGAGGAGGAGGAAGAAGACCCGAGAGCAGAGGCAACUGCAGAGCUUCCCGGGGAGCCCAAAGAGGAGCCCCCACUGCAGGAUGAUGUCUUCGAGGAAGGGAAUCCCGCCCUCCAGAUUGAGGAUUGGCUGCGGAACUGCGGGUCCUCGGAGGAGGGGGCAGAGGAGGAGUCCAGCCUGUCAAUAACCGACGUGUUCUACAGAAUGGCCACCAGUUUGGAAGAUGACCUGACCGUGGGAGCUGAAGGGAUGCUGUUAGCAGCCAACGGGAAACUUUUCCCCAGGCUGCAGAGGGCCCUGUCUCAGAUAUGUCUGUACACGACCCCCCGAUGGGGCCCCACACCUCGCACGGAAUCCCUGGACGGUUUCCCCGGCGCAGCCCCCACCAGGGGCCGCUUGGCCCGCAUGGUGUAG